CUUUACUAUAUAUAUAACAACAUAUAGCCCCACAACUGUCUGCAGCCCUGAGAAUCCUUCUCAGUCAAAUCUCCUUCUAAACUUCUUUUUUUUCAUUGUUCAUCUCUCCCACGCGCAGACAAAGAGGUUAUCAGGUUUAAGUUAAAGAGAUCGAACUCUGAGAGAACUGUCUAUCCCAUUAUUGCUAGUGUUGCAGCCUCCGAGCUCAUUACAUGGAUGAGAAGUGGAAGCUAUCAAAGAAGGAAGCUUCAGGCACCACCCAUUGUUCUAGUUCUUCAAAGUUCUCACUCCCAAGGAGUUUAUCAACAAAGAGUGUUUCUUCCAAGUCUCCCCUUCUUAGGAGUUCCUCACAGAAAAACUCUACUUCUUCUUCUUCAUCUAAAUGUUCACUACCAAGAAGUUUUUCACAAAAGACUACCAUUUCGCGGAAAUGUAGUAGCGUGGCCAAGGAACAGAAGGCAAGAUUUUACAUUAUGAGGCGAUGUGUUGCCAUGCUUGUCUGCUGGCAUAAACACGGAGAUUCUUGAACAUCAGUGGAGAUAAUGAUCAUAUAUAGAUCAGUAGGGAAUUAAGGUUCCUUUUCCUUUUCUCCACUCGUUUAUGCAAGAUGGUUCUUGGAUUUGUUUGUCUUGAAUCUCAUGGAUUUUUAUUCAUCCACUGCAU